UCCCUUCACAUUUUCUCCACCAUCACAAUUACCCUUUUAGAAAUUGCUAAUUUCUACCAUCAACAGUCUAGAAAGUUUUGUUAUUUUUUUUCUUAAGGGUUUGAGAGAGAUGGGUUCCAAGAGCAAUAGUGCAUCACUUGCCUUGUUUUUUUUGCUCAACCUUCUCUUCUUUGCCUUUGCAAGUGCACAGUGUGCUCCGCCUCCACCUCCACCUCCAACUCCGAGCCCUCCACCUCCACCUCCACCUCCAACUCCGAGCCCUUCCACAGGCACCUGCCCCAUAAAUGCCCUAAAACUAGGUGUAUGUGCCAAUUUGCUCAAUGGAUUGCUUAAUAUUACAAUAGGUACACCUCCGGUAAAACCAUGCUGCAGUCUCUUUCCUGGACUUGUUGACCUUGAGGUUGCUUUGUGCCUUUGUACUGUGAUUAAGGCAAACCCAUUGGUCCCCAACGUACAUGUUGCAUUGAGCUUGCUUGUUAACGUUUGUGGGAGAAAUAUUCCUACUAACUUCCAAUGCCCCUAAACAACUUCCGUUUCCUAGCCCUCUCUGUGGCUUUUGCUCAUUUCAUGAGUCAUAUAAUAAGAGUGUGGGGUGCAGGUGCAUUUCAUGGCAACUUCUAUCUUAUUAAAGUAAUAUUAAAUAAAACAUAUUACAAAGGUGUGGAAGAGAGGGGUAACAUUGCAAAUGUGGUAACUUCUGUCUUGUUUCCUUUGUCAUAGUGUGUGUAAUUUCAUGGAGUGAUUUGUAACAAGUCCUCUUAUGUAAUACCUCAAAGUCUUAUGUGUAACUUUAUUAUAGAAACAUUGAAAAAUAUUUGCUUUCUGUUUAUUUAA